UCAUCAUACUUAAAUAUAGAAGAGAGAAAACCCUAGUCUAACAAAAAGCUGUCGUCACACAUUUGCCGGAGGUAGCGCCGAUUCAGUCGUCAGAACAACUAUGGGUAAGGUUCACGGUUCAUUGGCUCGUGCCGGUAAGGUGAGAGGACAGACGCCUAAAGUGGCUAAGCAGGACAAGAAGAAGAAGCCACGUGGCCGUGCCCACAAACGUCUUCAACACAACCGCCGUUUCGUCACCGCCGUUGUUGGAUUUGGCAAGAAGAGAGGACCCAACUCAUCUGAGAAAUAGAUGAUGAACGCAUUCGAUUUGAAGUUUUGUUUUAAUACCUUUCUUGUUUAAUGUGUAAGACAAUGCUAUUUUCUCAAUAAAAUCGACUUUUUGAUAA